UCAAAUGUCAACCAUCACCUGUGAUGUGUUGUGUUGAACAAAUAAAUUAAUUUUUAUUUAAUUUAAAAGCUAAAAGAAUACUGAUAAACCAUAGUAACUACAUUUAAUUAAAUAAUAAAUUAAACAAAAAUGGUUUCCAAGAAGAAGAAGAAGUAUUCAUCUGGAGAGGGAGCACAAUUUAUGACCAGGAAGGCUGCCCUCAAAAAACUACAAUUAACACUGAAGGAUUUUAGACGUAUAUGUAUUCUAAAAGGUAUUUAUCCGAGAGAACCUCGCAAUCGUAAGAGGGCUCAGAAAGGCGCUGGAGGUAUCAAAACGCUGUACCAUACAAAAGAUAUCAAGUUUCUAUUACAUGAGCCUGUACUAUGGAAAAUCAGAGAGCUAAAAGUAUACCAACAAAAGAUUCGGAAAGCCCGUUCGAUGAGAGACUUCCGUCAGAUGAGAAGAUAUUUACGUGACUACCCAGACACAAACAUUGACCACAUUGUCAAAGAAAGAUAUCCCACUUUUGUUGAUGCCUUACGCGAUUUGGAUGAUUGUCUCACUCUGUGCUUCUUGUUUAGCACAUUCCCAUCACUGAAAAGGGUUCCCAGAGAUCAGUCUAUGCUAUGCCGAAGACUAACAGUCGAGUUUAUGCAUGCAGUCAUAGCAGAAAAGGCACUUCGGAAAGUAUUUGUAUCGGUGAAGGGAUAUUACUAUCAGGUGGAGUUUGAGGGACAAACUAUCACAUGGAUUGUUCCUCAUCAUUUCUCAUUCCAGCCACAAAGUAAGGAUGAAGUGGACUUCAAAAUUAUGUCAACCUUCGUUGAAUUCUACACAAUGAUGCUUGGAUUUGUAAAUUUCAAGCUAUACCACUCCCUAAACUUGGUAUACCCACCAAAAUUGACAGCGGCUUUCUCAGCUGAUUCUGACAAAGAUCUUAUUGACGAACAGUCUUAUGUAUCAGAGAGGAUAGCUGCUAUGAACAUACCAGUGGUGAAAAUAACUGGUGCCAAUGAAGUUGAAGAAUUGCCAGAAAUGGAUAUAUUCAAUACUGAAGAUGAGGACCCACAAAAACUGGAAGAAGCUAAGCAAGAAGCUGAGAAUGUAAAGAAACUGAAAACAAUGUUCAAAGGCCUCAAAUUCUACAUCAACAGGGAAGUGCCCAGAGAACCUCUUGUAUUUAUCAUUCGGUGCUUUGGUGGUGAGGUGUCGUGGGACAAAGAUCAUUUUGUUGGGGCCACAUUUGAUGAAUCAGAUGAGUCAAUUGCAUACCAGAUUGUUGACAGGCCUAGUAUGGAAAAGCAAUACUUGUCCCGCUACUAUAUUCAACCUCAAUGGGUAUUUGAUAGUGUCAAUGCCAGGACAUUGCUGCCCAUCAACAAAUACCUCAUGGGUGCUGUAUUGCCACCCCAUCUUUCACCAUUCACAGAUAAGAUCAGAGACCAAGUUUACAAACCACCUGAAGAAAGAGAACUACUUGAUCCCAAUCUUAAACCUUUGAAUGAUGAUAAAGGUUCUGAUACUGAUAUUGAAGAAGCAAGUGAUGAAGAUGAAGAAAAAAAAGAUGCAGAAUCUGAUGAGGAUCCUGAUGAAGCACUAACAAAACAAUACCAACAAGAAAUCAAGGACGAAUCAUCCUCUGAAGAUGAAGAUGAGGUUGAUCCUGAGAAGAAGAAAUUAGCAAAGGAAAAGAAAAAGGCCAUGGCAGUUACAACUGGAGUGCCACAUAAAGAGCACCCAUAUCAAAAAGAAAUUGAAGACAAACAAGCAUUCAGACUGAGAGAAAAGCUUGUUCGCAAGAAGCACAGAAACCUUUACAAGAGUAUGAAGGCUGGACAAGAAAAACGAAAGAAGGAAAUAUGGCUACUCAGGAAGAAGAGGCGUCUCCAUGAUGAGAAGGCCAAGGAAGAAAAGAAAGCAGAAAAACGCAAACAGAGAAUGCAGGCCAUUGAUGCUGCAUCUGCAUAGGAUUAUUACUAUACAUAAUGUGAAAUAAAUACCACAUGUACUGUAACAA